ACACACACUGGUUCUUGCUUGUUUAGAUCAGAAUUGUAUGCUGACAUUCAUUUUGCGUGCAUGAAUCUAAAAUCGCAAUCGAAUCCAUACCAAAUAACAUUCCAAAAAUCAAAAGAUUUCCAUAGACUCCGCAAGCAGCGAAUAGAGCACAAUGUUGUGGAAGAAGGAGACGAGCAAAAAUAAUGCGAUGUAUGUGGACUUGUAUGCAUUGAAUGGUGGACGAGUAAAUUUCAAUGAAGUUGAUUCUUAUGUUCGACGGGACGAAUCGAGCUCAACAUUGAACAAAAAUGAUGCAGUCUCAUUGCAAAAGCGAAAACAAGGAAAUGAAUACUUCAGUGAAGGCAAUUGGACGGACGCAAUGGAAAUGUACAGCGAAAGUCUCUGCUAUGCUGAAAAUGGAUCGAAGAACAUCAGUUUGGCGUAUGCGAAUCGUUCGGCUUGUUUUCUGAAGAUGAAACUAUACAAUGAAUGUCUUGUCGAUAUCGAAUUGGCAAAAAAAGCCGGUUAUCCAGCGGAUUUGAUGCCAAACUUAGAUCAACGCAAAGAAGAAUGCCUUGAAGCUAUUAAAAAAGUUGCACCGUCCAUGAAGCUUGGUUCGGAGUUAAGCUUUGAAUCAGAUGAACAUUUUCCGUGUAUGGCGAACGUGUUGAAAAUUGAUCAAGAUGCUGAAGGCAAUUUGGGGAUCUUUGCCAAGAAGGAUAUUGAUGUAGGCCAAACGAUCGUUGUGGAAAAGGCAUUCAUGACAUAUUUGCACACACAAUAUGGAUCAAAAUGUAAUAUUUGCUUGAAAGACCAAACAAAUCUGGUGGCAUGCAAAAAGUGCACUGUGGCAAUGUUCUGCGGGGAAUGUCAAAGUAAUUCGCUACACGAAUACGAGUGUGGUUUGCGAUGUAGCAAUGACAGUCAAACGAAUAGUGUUAUAAUGCAAACUGUGCGAAGUUGCCUAUUGGCCAUCGAUAUGUUUUCGAGCGUUGAAGAUCUGAUGAAUUUUGUGGAGCAAGCCAUCAAAAGCGAUCGAAAUCAAAUUCCAACAACUUUAUCGGGUGUUAAAUCACAAUACGCAGCAUUUUUGAAGCUACCAAUGAAUCCAGCAGAUCAAAAUCUAAUUGAUGUUAUAGCAUCAACCGCAAUCGCAUUCACAAUCCAGAAAAUCCUUUUGGAAAUUCCAAAAAUCAACUCCACGUUCAAGUUGAAGAAGUACCGUCGAUUUUUGAUGCAUCUCAUAACUCAUCAUUAUCGAGCUAUGAAAAUGAACUCAUUAGAAUCAGGAUGGAUCGUGGACGAAGGAAAUGGUGAAUAUGUGGCAUUGGCAAGUCAGACAGGAGUGAUGAAAUGCUAUUUGAAGCACUCAUGUGCUCCAAAUGUUGUGGUGACUGACCUUCAUGGAAACAUCGUCAUUAUUACUGUUCGACCGGUGAAAAAAGGACAACAGAUAAUGCAUUCGAUUUACACAGAUUUGGUGAAAUUUCCCAAAGAUGAACGACAUCGAAUUUUGUGGAACUUCUGUCGAAUGACUUGCAAAUGCGCGCGAUGUGAAGGUGACACUGCACCAUUCAAACUGCGCAAAGAAAUGUGCUCAAAUCCAAAUUUUCAGUACAUUGUAAAACAAUUAAUAGCGCCAGCUCGAAACGAUGAUGAGGCAAAGCAAAAAAUGAUGGACAAUUGCAAACGAUUCUUGCGCAAAUAUGGACUAAAACCAUGGUGUGAAGAGCUUGGAAUGGUAGUGCAGGUUUACUUCGAGCUUAUAAACCAUCGGCAAGAGUACAAUCAAGAGAACAAACAUGUCGAAAAAAAAUCAUUCAAUAUGUCAUUAUUGACUGGAUUAUUGAUUACUUUACUUUUGCUCGCAAUUUCUUGUUAUUAUUUCUAAAGCCGUUGAAACGAAAACUGAUCGCAAUAGAUACAAUUUUUAGUAUCAAACUUAAUUUUGAAGUCUUUCAACAUCCACACUCUUUUUUCGAAUUAUUUGAAUUCAUACAUUUUCAUUAUUUUUUAUAUCAUUCUUGUUAAAUUUUCUACAGCCUUUCAGAUUCGUCAAAUUCGGUUACGAGUUCAAUUCGUAUAUUCAUUGUUGUCACAAAAAAUAAAAAAUUUCCAUACUGAACAUUGUACAGCUCAAACAAGACGAAUCUGUGGAAACAGCUUUUCUUUGAAUGCAAUAAAAAUGGAUUAAACUCAA